UCUCAUAGCUCAAAGCAUUAAUAAGAAUCGACACAUUUUGUUUCCUUGUAUUAAAACGGGACAAUAGUUGCAGGAGGGACGUAGUGUGCUUUACGUCGGAUACGUCCUCGUCCAUUCGAAGCGCAGAAUCUCCACUUUUUCGUCGUUUCUCCUUAAACGUAAACGAUGAUUUAGAAAAUAGUGUUGGUGCUGUGGAGUGCUCGCCAGAACUGACUUCAUCGUCACAUUGUCUCUCUAUUAAACCUUUCAACCAACGUCCCGUUAUCGAAUACCACCUGGCUUCAUGAUGUGCACUUUGCAUUGUCCGAAACUCCAAGACAACUAUAUAUUUCCCGCUGUACUGCGAACCGCGGGAAAUGGUUAUUCUCACGCAACGAGUACGCGAUGUGAAAACAAACGUGAACGAACAAGGAGACCGUGGAACGAAAAUGCCGGAUGUGACAGGUCGUAAGUAAAAGUCGCUUUCAACCAUCUCCAAGUGAUUGCUCAUCAUUUUUUUCUUGAGGAAUACCAAGAUAAAAAUUCCAACAUGUAUGUUUCUUGGGGUAAUUGCGGUUAGAAACCAUUCUGUCAAAAAUCAUAAGAAGAGAAAGGGCGACCCAGUGUAAAAUGCCCAUAGGCGGGCAGCAGCGCGAGGGCUCCGUAAGCUCGCCACGUGACCUUUUACUUCCAGGCUCUCUGAAGUAGGUCACACCAAAUAUGGGAAGAUUUUUGAAUGAAAACGAAAACAAGAAUGAUUGAUUUUCAGAAAUUGUUUUUAGUUUUUGAUUUCACGUUUUUCGCGAUUGAAUACACGUCACAUGUAUUCAACUUUAUUUCUAUCGGCAUCACGUAGCACUCGUGUAAUCACCGAGUUUAUUCUCGGAAGCUUGAAAUUGCUUUUAAGCCGAAAUGCUGAAGGCAUUAUAGAGUAUUCAAUCAUAUGCCCAUUUUGAUUGACUGAACAUGCAUUAAAUUGAGAGCGCCCCCUCUCGUCGUGUCUAAUUAUGAAUCCGAGCGCACAGUGCAUAUAAUCGUGUGCAGGUACGCACUGGUGCAGCAGAAUCACUUGUGAGCUAGAAAUGUAAGGAUCGUGCGUUGGCUCGACCGAAUUGCUGCAAUCAUAUAUUCUGCAUCGGCUGCAAGGUUUUGGGAGUUGUAUCAGAAUGUUGAUGACACCGGGCAGAAACAAGGUGGCACCUAGACAAGAAAUGGCUGGGAGCCGGAGCUCCUUCGAGCCCGAGGCUCGCUUGCGCGCUAACAGCGUCAGGCUAAGCCACGCCUCAAUCGGCACGAACGCCAUGGAGAAGCUCCAGAUGAAAAUGGUCCUUGAGAAGGCGACCGAUGCUCACAGCAUCGGUAAGGACAUGGCCAAGAUGUUGGCGGUGAUCGUUAUCCCUUUGGUAGCUCUGACUGUCAUGUCUGCUUUAUCUCUGGCCACCACCGUGUCUCAGCUUCGUGACUCCCAAGCCACCCUGGAGGCAAUCUCUGCCAGCGAUCGCAUGACGGACCUGAUACUCGCCCUGCAAGUGGAGCGAGGAUUGACUGCUACUUUCGUCAGCAGCAACCGGACUGGGGCGGAACUGUCAAACACGCUGAGGGAGAAAAGGUCUUCGACUGAUCGGGCUGUCAACUUGCUGGAGACGCUGUCGGAGCUGCAGGUAUCAGGCGAGGUGAUCUCCACUAAGAACGGUCUUCUCUCAGCUCUAGACAGAUACAGGCAAACUGUAGACACCGUGGAGGACGUCUUACCUAUUGCCAAUGUCAUUAACUUCUACACCGAUAUCAACCACCAACUUCUUAUCGGAGCACUGACCCUGAGUACGAAUCUGAAGGAAGGAAGCCUCUGGCCCCGAAUCGUGUGUAAAGACGGCCUCUUGCAGACGGCGGAUCUGUACGGCAUUCAGCGAGCUCUGGGCAGCAGCUUCUACGCCGGCUGUUCUCUGAGUCCUGAGAACCUAGAAUGGUUCCGGAAUCUCUUGUCGAGCGGCGAUUCACAGAUCACAACGGUGUUCGCUUACUCGGAGCAAACAGCCGCUCUGUACACGGACCUGGUGCGGUCUAAAGACCCCGCCGAAUCGCACAUCAACACAAUGAGGCAGGAGAUCAUACUCGGAGGCAACCCCUGUGAAAGCAGCGGUGAGGAGCAGGCCAGGCUGAUGUCCGACUACUGGUUCGGUAACAUGACCAUCUUUGUGGAUAUUGUUGCCAACGUUAUAUUCGAGGAAACGGACUCUGUCCGCAGGGACAUCGACGCGAUCAUUGCUGGGGCUGUGCAGGCGGUAGUGGUCCACGUCACCGUGCUGUCCCUUACUAUCACCAUCUCGCUAUCUCUCGGUGUCUUCCAGCUCUGGCAAGCCAAACGACUCUUGGGGAAAGUCGGCAAGUACGCUCGCAUAUUGGACAAAAAGACCCAGGAACUGGCAACGGAGAAACGGACCACGGAGAAGCUGCUGUACCAGAUGAUGCCCCGCAGCGUGGCCGAUCAGCUGCGGCAGAAGAAGGAGCUGAUAGCUGAGGAGUUCAGCAGUGUCACCAUCUACUUCAGUGAUAUCGUCGAGUUCACCAGCCUGGCAGCACGAAGCACACCGAUGGAGGUGGUGACUUUGCUCAAUGAACUGUACUGUAUGUUCGACAACUGUAUCGACAUGUACGACGUGUACAAGGUGGAGACAAUAGGCGACGCCUACAUGGUGGCUUCGGGCCUACCCGAACCCACGGCCAACCACGCCUGUGAGAUCGCCUGCAUGGCGCUGGACCUGCUACGGGAGGUGCAACUCUUCCGGAUACCGCACCUUCCUGCGGAGAGCCUUAGUCUGAGAGUCGGCUUGCACUCAGGCUCAUGUGUAGCUGGAGUUGCUGGAAUAAAGAUGCCUCGGUAUUGUCUCUUCGGGGACACCGUAAACACUGCAUCGCGGAUGGAAUCUACGGGCAAAGCUCAGCGAAUCCAAAUUAGUGGAGCAACUUGGGACGAGCUGGUCAACAAAGCUCCCCCGCGCAAGAGAAAAUUCGUGAUCGUCCCCAGGGAAACUACGGUAGUCAAGGGCAAAGGAGCCAUGCAGACGUACUGGUUGACUGAAGAGCCGCGCGAGGAUCUUGGGCCCGUCCGACGUGUGGUGGUUUCGCCCGGGAUGUGUGACUGAUGACCGGACUCAGUUCACCUAGGUCAUACGGGUGCACACGGGUGUACAUGUACUGCAACCCCAGGACAGACAGACAAGAGAGAACAAAACAGAUUCUUUGUUGUCCUAGAGCGUUCGUCUUUUGUUGAAAACGGGUCCUCCAUCGUGAGGGUGUGUGCUUAUCUGUGAGAGGGCGUUAUAUUGUAGGGACAAAAGGAAACACAAAGCCUUGUCCUUCAGGGCAUAGUAAAACACGACUGUGUGCGCGUGUCGCUUUACCGUGAUCGCCGUAGACGUAUUUCUUAGCCGGAAAUUGACUGCACCUAACGCAGAGGAGUGUUAUUUCUACCACAGCAAUACACUACGAUGUUGAGCCAAGAGCUAUGCACUUGCAUGAUGAAUAAAGGCACUUAGAUGAUGCCCCACCUAAUGGUUCAAUACACAUUUCCACCGUUAUAUAGGUGUAGACGGUCUUACGUCAGCCGGUGAAAACAUUUACAUAUUUGCACACAGUUUUCAUCGGUUGCUAUGUGUUACCAUUUAGCAACUCCCAACUCAAGAAGCAUUCAGUUUCAAGAAAACAGAUUCGGGAGCUAGAUAAGCCCAUAUAAAAACAUUCCCUGAUGUCCACGCCAACCUAUAAUAUGGCUGACAUUAUAAUUACAGGCGCGGCCAGUGUUAGUGAUGGUUCGGAUACCAUCUAAGGGUAUACCAAGUGGCCUACAUACAACAUGUGUCAUUUGUAGUUUCUUCCAGUAUAUUAUACGUCUUCACCGGUAAUUAUUUUCAGGCUUAGGCAACAACAACAACAACAACAACAACAACAACAACAAAAUAGUAGGUCUCUGGUCAGCGCGUCAAUAAUUUUUCCCCAAAAUUUUCCACGGUAGCUACAAGAGCGCCCUCUAUUGCCGCACCGCCUCCAAAUUUUCGUACCCAGGAGCAUUGUAUAAGGGAAUGGGGAAGGGCACAUAGGCAAAUAAUGCAGGGCACCAGGCAAGGCAAAUGAUGGAGGACACCAAGGUAUAUGGGGACACAAAACAAAAAAUAGUACCCAUCUUCUCUGUACAGUCGAAGCUUGAAAAAAAAACGCAUCGCUGCAUCUUUAGUCAGACCAGAGACCGACAAUUUUGAUUUAUCCUUGGGUUACAUUGGUACCGGUUUGUGCAACUGUCGGCGCUUUGGUAUUCAAAAUGCCAGAAAAAGUAUUACAUCUUUGGUCGAAUAUUAGUAUUAUUUUAAAAAAUACUAGUGACCUAUUAGUGCGAUUAAAUAUUAAUAAUUAUCUGGUUGAACGCAUGUCACUAUUGUUGUCCCUUGCAUGCUCGCUGCACCGGAUUUGUCACAAAAUUACUUUCAUGAACCUAUAGCACAGUAACGUCACAAGAGUGUAAUUUACUAAUCAGAUUGUAUUAUAUAAUUAAUGAUAUUCUAUAUUUUAUGAUGUAUAACUGUAUUCUAUAUUUUCCACUAUAUUUCCUACUGAGACUAGGUAAUCAUCGAACUAUUGUGUGAACGUUUUUAAUAGCUAUAAUUAAUUAACAAAACUCAUUUCAGGAAAGAAAUGUUUUCUUUGUUCAUCAGUGUACAUAUUCCAACCGAUUGUAUUUUUGUAGUACCCGUGUAUAUUGCUCGAACAGUGACAUUUGUUGGUCAGUCAAAGCGCACAAAACGUUUGAUUCGAUUUCAGGGUUCGUAACGUGAGUACAAUUACUUAACGUAGAAUAGAAAAAGUUGGACGUAAUUCAAAACUAUGUGAUUCACAAUAAUUGAGGCGCACCACAGAGUUCAUGAGGUAAAGGCAACAGCGCCCUCUCAAGAUCUCAACCACUGAAGAUCGUAUACCAAAAUGUUGAACGAAUGGUUUUUAAAAGCAAAGUUUGUAAAAGUGUCAAUUAUAUACCAUUUCAAUGCACGCACAAUGUAAUAAAUAUUUUUCCAUGAAUCAUGGGUUUCAGAA